CAAGAUCCUUCUUCAACUUGGCUGCGCCUCGCAGAGUCACACUUUUGGGCACGAGCGCGCGCGCGCACACGCACACGCUCCUCGCGUCUUCCUCGCAUCAUCCUCGCCUCGUCUUCUUCACUCGUCUUUCUCUCUCUCAACUUGUGGGAAGAAGAGUUGAGUCGCUUUCGGCGUCGACGGAGAAAAAAGGAGAGAUACUGUAUAGAAGGAAAGAACCCAAGAGAAAAAGAGAAGGAGAGACAGAGAGCGAGAAAAAAGGAUAGAAAGAGAGAUAGAGAGAUAGAAGAAUAGGUGCGGAAAAACAAAGCACGGAGCCGCGUCUAUCCGCUGCAGAGGAUGCGGAGAGGGGGACGCUCUGGCCAGGGUUGGAUCGGGAUGUUCGGCACGGUGAUGAUGGUGCUGAUGGUGGUGCUGAUGCUGCCGGUCAGGAGCGAGAUAAGUUGCCGAUCGUGCCAGGUGGCGGGAGGCGAGUGGCGGCCGAGCGAUCAGCGGCUGGUGCUGCUGAAGCUGAAGACGGGGGACGCCCGGGACUCUGCUGUGCCGCUCCAGGCAACAGGGUCCCGGGGCGAAGUUGCGCAGGAGGACCGACUCGACGGACAGACCUUGGCCGGGGAGGAGCAUCCUCAGAGCGGCAGAGGGAGCGAGGAGGAGCCGGUGGAAGUGGCGGCGGCUUCGCGGAGAAAACGAGAAGUACUGCGAGAAGUACGGAGAAGCUCCACGGACCGCUUGAACGUUUUUGAUCGCCAACUGGGUUCGAGUUUGAGUUCGAGUCGUGGUGGGAAAGUUCACGACGGCCAGAUUGCCGACGCGCGUCUUAAGUAUCGUGGACGCAGGAGCACCGGCAGCGGCGGUGGCAGCAGCCGGGAACGGGCUGAGCUCAGGUGGAAUAAGGAGGAGAGGAGGACCUCCAGCUCCAGGCAAGAGGAGCUGAAACUCACCAGCUCCACCUUCGCCCUGACCGGAGACUCCGCGCACAACCAAGCCAUGGUGCACUGGUCCGGACAGAACAGCAGCGUAAUUCUCAUGCUGACCAAGCUGUAUGACUUCAACCUGGGGAGUGUCACUGAGAGCUCUUUGUGGAGGUCAACCGACUACGGAACCACUUACGAGAAGCUUAAUGAAAAAGUCGGGGUGAAGACCAUACUCAGUUACUUGUACGUCAGCCCAAAUAACAAGAGAAAGAUCAUGCUGUUGACCGACCCAGAGGUGGAGAACAGUCUGCUGAUCAGCACGGAUGAGGGCGCCACCUAUCAGAAAUACCGCCUCAGCUUCUAUGUCCUCAGCCUCCUUUUCCAUCCGGAGCAGGAGGACUGGAUACUCGCCUACAGCCACGACCAGAAGCUCUACAGCUCGGUGGAGUUCGGGCGCCGGUGGCAGCUGGUUCAUGAAAGGGUUGCUCCCAAUCGAUUCUAUUGGUCCAAAACAGGUCUGGAUAAGGAGCCUGGGCUGAUUCACCUGGAGACCAGCAUCUCCGAAACACAGGCUCUCUAUGUCACCUGCAAACUGCAGAACUGCACCGAGGCCAACAAGGGCAAACCGUUCCCCGGCUACAUCGACCCCAAUUCCCUGGUGGUACAGGACGAGUAUGUGUUUGUCCAGGUGUCGACGGGCGGCCGGCCAAUCUACUACGUGUCAUCGAGGCGAGACCUGUUCACACCCAUGAAGCUGCCCAAGUACACGCUUCCAAAGGACCUGCACGUAAUCAGCACGGAUGAAAACCGGGUGGUGGCAGCAGUCCAGGAAUGGAAUCAGAAUGACACCUAUAACCUGUAUGUGUCCGAGUCUGGAGGAGUCUUCUACACACUCGCUCUGGAGAGCGUUGUGAGCAGCAUGGGGCCGGAGGGAAACGUGAUGAUAGACCUGUAUGAGGUGGCGGGAAUCAAAGGCAUGUUCCUGGCCAACAAGAAACAGGAUGAUCAAAUAAAGACCUUCAUCACGUAUAAUAAAGGCCGGGACUGGAGGCUGCUGCAGGCGCCCUCUUCUGACCUGCAUGGGAACAGCAUCCACUGCAUACUGCCGUACUGCUCGCUGCAUUUGCACCUACACGUGUCGGCGAACCCUUACACGUCCGGGAACAUCGCCAGCAAGGAGUCGGCUCCCGGAAUCAUCGUGGCGUCUGGUUCUAUAGGCGCUGAGCUGACUAGCAGUAACGUGAGCAUGUUCAUCACGUCCGACGCUGGAAACACUUGGCGGCAGAUAUUUGACGAGGAAUACAGCGUUCUGUAUCUGGACCAAGGCGGAGCACUGGUGGCCAUCCGGCACACCCCGCUCCCCAUCAGACACCUAUGGUUGAGCUUUGACGAGGGGCGAGUGUGGAAUAAAUACAGUUUCACGUCGUCGCCGCUGUUCGUGGACGGAGUUCUGGGCGAGCCGGGGGAGGAAACACUGAUCAUGACAAUCUUCGGUCACGUCAGUCAUCGGUCCGAGUGGCAGCUGGUGAAGAUCGACUUCAGGUCUAUUUUUAACAGGCGGUGCACUGAGGCAGACUACCAGACCUGGCACCUCCACAACCAGGGCGAGCCUUGUCUGAUGGGUGUGAAGAGAAUCUACCGGAAGCUGAAGCCCAUAGCCAGGUGCGUUAUGGGUAAAACCUAUUCGGUUACGAUGACUUCGGAUCCCUGCGACUGCACCGAGUCCGAUUUCGAAUGUGAUUAUGGCUAUGAAAGAAGAACAGACGGAAGGUGUACUCCGGCUUUCUGGUUUCAGCCCUCUUCCAUGUCCAGAAGCUGCACUACAGGCCACACUUUUCUCAACAGCACUGGGUAUAGGAAAGUGGUGUCUAAUAACUGCACUGCCGGAGUGGUGGACCUGUAUACGGCGCGCCGACUGCCGUGCCCCAGCCAGGCCCCGAAAGGCCUCCACCUGGUCACCAGCGAGGGCAAGCUCACAGCCCUGCUGAGCCACAAUGUCACCUUCCUCGUUUUUCUCGAGCAGGGUGAUGGAUCAAGGACAAGCAUCACAGUGGACUUCGGUGACGGUAAUGCUAUCACUUACUCCAACGUGAGCUCCAUUGAAGACGGGAUCAAGCACAUCUACAAGAACGUAGGAAUCUACAGAGUGUCCGCCAUGGCAGAGAACGGCCUGGGGUCCGAGACAGCAGUUCUUUUCUUACACGUUACAUGUCAGCUGGAGUAUAUCCAUCUUUCUGCUCCUUUUGUGGCGGUGAAAAAUAAGGAAGUCAACUUGACAGCGGUUCUGUGGCCGAGCCAAGUGGGAACCGUCACCUACAUCUGGUGGUUUGGGAACAACUCGGAGCCGGUAAUCACACUGGAGGGAAGUGUGGCGUUCACGUUCCCGCGGGAGGGUGUAAACAUCGUCACCGUGCAGGUGGCAGCUGGGAAUACCAUCCUGCAAGACAGGAAAACCAUCGCCAUCCACGAAUAUUUCAAGUCUCAUCUUUUAGCCUUUUCCUCCAAUCUGGACGACCAUAACCCUGAUGUGGCUGAGUGGAGGCUGGACGUCAGCAGAGUCAUCAAAAACUCAAUGGUCCAAGCCACUGACGUAAGUCCAGAUCAGCUAUUGGUCACGGUGUUGCCAGGACUGCCCACAGCCGCUGAAUUCUUCUUGUUGCCAGAUAAAGAAAUCACAGAAGGCAAACCAGAGAAAACAGCGGCACAUUUAGAUCAGCUGUUGGAGUUAGUUCUGGGAGCACUUAACCAGAACCAGGUCCAGUUCACCUUAAGACCAGGGGUUCAAAUCACAGUCUACGCUGCACAGUUAUCUGCAGCACCCCUAGUGGACACCAGUGAGAACCACAGCAGUUCAGCCAUGCUAAUGCUCCUGUCGGUGGUGGUGGUGGGUUUAGCUGUGUUCCUCAUCUAUAAAUUUAAAAGGAAGAUCCCAGGCCUCCACCUCUAUGCGGCGAUGCAGGACGAAAAAGAGCAAGAAAUGAUCCGGAGUCCAGUGAGCCCGACGGAGAGCACCCCCAGCUGCAGCUCUCAGCGAGAGCUUCUCACCUCACCGGAGCCUCUGGACACCGAGGUCAACACACAGCCCAUCGAAUGCAUUAAGCCUCACCCGCGUGUCAAAUUCUCGACGGAACUUCCUACAUACAUCGACGUCUGAGUUUGUUUUGCAGACUCUCAUGCAAAGGACAUUGAACAUCCAGACACAAAGGUUUUAAGCUUUAUACAGUACCUGUGCAUGUUGGACAUUGACACUUUACUGUGCUUUGUGAAUACCAGAAGAAACUUUGUACAGGUUUUUUUAUACGUAUGUCUAUCCAAUAAGAGGACCUUUUUAAGGACGUUUAUUAUUUAUAAAAAUGACCAGUACAAAUACGCAAUUAGAUAGAAUUAAAAGGCCAGCAUGUAUUAUUAUCGUUUAAAAAAAAUAAUGUUGGGGGGUGGGAUGAAAAAGGGGAAAUAUAAUAUAAUAAGACUAUUUUUUUGUUUUGUUUUGUUUUUUGGUUUCAGCUUAAAUUUUUUAAGCUUUUACACCCACUUACUCUUACUUUACAGUAUCGGUAUUACUUUACUUAAUGUAAAGAGUACAGCAGUACAGUACUCUACAGUACUCAUCAGUAUAUAGAAUUAAACUAAAAAAAAAAAAAAAAAGACUUUUAUUUUGUACAUCACAUGAAUGUGUUCGUGCGACAUGGAGACGGGGGACAUUUUAGUGAGAGAAAACGACUCAAACAAAAAUCAGAAUAUUAAUGAAUUAAUAAUUCAUGAUUUUAAAUUGACUUUAUUUCACUUAAAGCUGUAAUCUUUAAAAUAAAAUUAGAUUAUAAUAAAACAAAAAUAAAAAAAAUCAAUCUGUAUAUUUUUUCAUUAUUCACUAUGGCCUAAAUUCAAUUUCCUGUAGAAUUAAGUAUCCUUAUUAAAUAUAGAGAUUAUUAUCACUAUUAUUAUUAUUCUGUAAAGCUUUUUUUCUUCUUUUUCUUUCAUUUCUUUUUCGUUUUAGAUCUGUUUUUGUUGUCUUUGUGUUGUGAUAUAAUAUUUAUAGGCACAGUUAGAGUUUUUCGUUCGUUUUUCUUUUUUUAAAAAAGGGGACAAAACAUGGACACUUUGGUGAAUAUUCUAAAGUUGGGAACAGCAGCAGGUUGACUGUUCCGCUCCUGUCGCGAGCGCACAGCGAGAUACUGUAUAUAAGUGUGUGAACUGAUCUGUGUGGCGAGUGUAAUGAUGAUGAUGAUGAUGAUGAUG